GCCUUUGCUCCGCGCCAGAUCCGGCCCAGCUGCCGGCCGCUUUUCCGCUGCGGUUCUCCACCUCUGAGGUCCCAGCCUCCGGGCCGGGGCCGCCACCGCCGCCGCAGGACGGGGAGGCGGGCCAUGGCGUCCUGCGUGGGGAGCAGGACCUUGAGCAAAGACGAUGUGAACUACAAGAUGCAUUUCCGGAUGAUCAACGAGCAGCAAGUGGAGGACAUUACCAUCGAUUUCUUCUACCGGCCGCACACCAUCACCCUGCUCAGCUUCACCAUCGUCAGCCUCAUGUACUUCGCCUUCACCAGGGAUGAUUCUGGUCCAGAAGACAACAUCUGGAAGGGCAUCCUGUCUGUUAUUUUCUUCUUUCUUAUCAUCAGUGUGUUAGCUUUUCCCAAUGGUCCUUUUACUAGGCCUCAUCCAGCCUUAUGGAGAAUGGUUUUUGGACUCAGUGUGCUCUACUUCCUGUUCCUGGUCUUCCUCCUCUUCCUGAAUUUCGAGCAGGUGAAAUCUAUAAUGUAUUGGCUAGAUCCAAAUCUUCGCUAUGCCACCAGGGAAGCAGAUAUCAUGGAGUAUGCUGUGAACUGUCAUGUUAUCACCUGGGAGAGGAUUAUCAGCCACUUUGAUAUCUUUGCAUUUGGGCAUUUCUGGGGUUGGGCCAUGAAGGCCUUGUUGAUCCGUAGUUAUGGCCUCUGCUGGACAAUCAGUAUUACCUGGGAGCUAACUGAGCUUUUCUUCAUGCAUCUUCUGCCAAAUUUUGCUGAGUGCUGGUGGGAUCAAGUCAUUCUGGACAUCCUGUUGUGUAAUGGUGGUGGCAUCUGGUUGGGCAUGGUUGUUUGCCGGUUCUUAGAAAUGAGGACUUACCACUGGGCAAGCUUCAAGGACAUUCACACCACCACCGGGAAAAUCAAAAGAGCCGUGCUGCAGUUCACCCCUGCUAGCUGGACACAAUACUACGCUUAUCUCACGGACACACAGUGCAAACGUGUGGGAACACAGUGCUGGGUGUUUGGGGUCAUUGGUUUCCUGGAAGCUAUCGUUUGCAUAAAAUUUGGGCAAGAUCUCUUCUCCAAGACCCAAAUACUUUACGUUGUGCUUUGGCUUCUUUGUGUGGCUUUUACCACUUUCUUGUGUUUGUACGGCAUGGUGUGGUAUGCAGAACACUAUGGUCAUCGAGAAAAGACCUAUUCAGAGUGUGAAGAUGGCACCUCCAGCCCAGAUAUCUCCUGGCCUCAUGCGAAGGGCACAAAAGGUUCUGAAGACAGCCCACCCAAGCAUUCAGGCAACAACGAAAGCCAUUCUUCCAGAAGAAGGAACCGACAUUCCAAAUCUAAAGUCACCAACGGAGUUGGAAAGAAACCUGGCCACACCGCCUGGGGUCCUGUGCCAACUUGGGGUCUCUUCCAACUUUAGCACUUGGCAUGUGGUCACCGGUAGCAGUACAUUGUGUUUGAAGGAAAAGGUAGCUGUUUACUCACGGUUGCCAAGGGCAGCUUUGCACUUGGGUGUAUUGUGAAUGCAUUUUAAGUGUCUUCAUUCAGACAACGCAUCAACUCUACCGUUGAUGGACUCACCACCAGUUUUUAUUUUUAUGAAUCUGCCUUGCCAUUUGAGUGAUUUAAGUUCAGGCCACGUUUCUUCUUCUUCUUCUUUUUUUUUUUUUUUUGUUUGGUUGCUAUUUGUUUAUAAGUUAGGAUGCUUACAAGUCUUCUGAAGCCACUGCUGGAAUUGAUAUUCAGGGAAGGCUAUCUUCCCUUCUAGAUUAAAAAAGGCGAGGGAGAGGUUCGUGUUACUGUUUAGCAUCCCAGCUCAGCCCCCUUUUAAAACCUUAAACUACGUGGAGGGUGUAAAUCAGUCUGAGGAAAGGUUAGUUACCUGCAUAGGAUCCUGGGCUUCAGAUCUGAACCAUCUUUGUUCCAUUCCGAAUGUCAUGUGUCCAAGACUGACCCACAGUGCACAAAGUGAGCCUGUCGGAGGCAGUGAACACCGCGGCUGCUCCCACAGCCAGGUGCCUUGUACAUUUGAUUUGUUUUCCUUCCACGGUGUGUUGCUGACAUUGUCUUUUAGUCACAUGUGAGGUGCUGGUGAGUAUUACCUUCCAUCUGUGCCAUGCUCUAGAUUUACCCUAUAGUUCACCACCUCCGAUGGAUCCCUGUUUUAAAUAAAACAAUUCACGUUAAAGCCCGUCAAAGGUCUAUGUCCAAAAAGUGCUCAUUUCUUUGUAUUUUACUAGUAUUUUCCGUUGCUUGUAAGCAAUUGUUGUAUUUUUCAGGUGGCUUUAGGAUGAUAUGAAUGUGUGUGUUUAUAUAUGUUGUUGUGUGCUGUUGAGUUGAUUCGGACUCAUAGCGAACCUGUAGGACAGAGUAGAACUGCCCCAUAGGGUUUCCAAGGCUAUAACCUUUACAGAAGCAGAC